ACAUAUUCAAUUGCAUUCCAAGUUUCUGUUGCUUCUUCAAUUGCAGCAACAUUUAUAAGUACUGAACAAUGACAUGACACUUCCCCCUACAUGUCAAAAGCAAUAUCCAACCAAACCUUCUCUCUCUUUGAAACAGCAUCGUUUUAAAGGCUACAGCAAUGGAGGGAAAGCACAGCUUUCUCCAUGGAACACUGGAAGCUACCAUCUUCCAUGCCACGCUUUAUACACCGCCAUCCCCUUUCAACUGUAUAUUUGCAAGCGGGAAGCCUGCCCAUGUGACCAUAGAGCUGGAUGACAAGAAGGAAGCACAGACCAGAAACGAACUCGACCGCGUUUGGAACGAGACCUUUCAUAUCCUCUGCGCUCAUCCAUCCGAUUCAACCAUCACCAUCACGAUGAAAACAUCAUGCUCCAUCUUGGGAAAGAUCACCAUCCAGGCCCAUCGGAUUCUCAACGAAGCAAGCUUGAUUACUGGCUUCUUUCCUCUCCUCACGGAAAACGGAAGACCGAAUCCAGAACUGAAACUGCGAUUCAUGUUGUGGUUUAAACCGGCAGCGUUCGAACUGAGCUGGAGAAAGAUACUCAGUAAUGGAGAUUUCCAGGGGAUGAGGGGCGCCUCGUUUCCGCAACGGUCAAAUUGUCAUGUGACGCUUUAUCAGGACGCUCACCAUCUCUCUACGUUCCAGCCUCCAUGCUUUGAUCCUCGUGGGGCUCCAAGAAGAUUGUGGGAGGAUGUGUACAAAGCCAUUGAGGGUGCAAAGCACUUUAUUUACAUUGCAGGCUGGUCUUUCAAUCCUAAGCUGGUGCUGGUUCGGGAUUCUCAAACUGAUAUUCCACACGCAAAAGGAGUAAAGCUUGGGGAAUUGUUGAAGCAGAAAGCAGAGGAAGGUGUAGCAGUGAGAAUUAUGCUUUGGGACGAUGAAACCUCCCUACCACUUAUCAAGAAUGAAGGACUAAUGAGAACACACGACGAAGAUUCCUUAGCCUACUUCACAAACACCAAAGUAGUAUGCAAAUUGAGCCGCAGAUUACACCCAAAGGCCCCCCCGCUCUUCUCUCACCAUCAGAAAACCAUAACGGUGGACACCCGGUCGCACAUUAAUCCGAGCAACAGAGAAAUUAUGAGUUUUGUCGGCGGAUUAGAUCUCUACGAUGGCCGCUACGACACAGAAAAGCAUUCUAUCUUUCGCACGCUCAAUACAGAAUCCCACUGUCAUGAUUUUUACCAGACAAGUAUUGCAGGAGCUAGCCUUCACAGAGGAGGGCCGAGGGAGCCAUGGCACGACGCUCACGCUUGUAUCACCGGCGAAGCCGCUUGGGAUGUAUUGACAAACUUCGAGCAGCGAUGGAGUAAGCAAUGCGAUCCUUCUUUGCUAGUCCCCGCCACCACCUUAUCGAAUCUAAGCAAGAUUUCCUCUGAGAGGAACUGGAAAGUUCAAGUAUUUCGAUCAAUCGACCAUUUGUCGGCUACCCAAAUGUUCAGAAACUUGACCGUGGAGCAGAGCAUACAUGAAGCUUACGUAGAAGCAAUAAGGCGGGCAGAGAGGUUCAUAUAUAUCGAGAACCAGUAUUUUAUUGGAGGGUGUCGUUUGUGGGAGAAAGAUAGACAUUGCGGGUGCCGGAAUUUGAUCCCCAUUGAGAUUGCGCUCAAGGUGGCGAGCAAGAUCAGAGCAAAGGAGAGGUUUGCAGUUUAUAUUGUGAUACCAAUGUGGCCAGAAGGGGGGCCGGAGAGUGAAGUGGUUCAAGAUAUACUGCACUGGACAAGAGAAACGAUGUCAAUGAUGUAUAAGUUGAUAGGAGAAGCAAUACAAGAGAGUGGAGAGCCGGGGCACCCAAGAGACUACUUGAAUUUCUUCUGCCUGGCAAAUAGAGAAGAGAAGGGUAAUGAGGAGUUUCAUCCUCCGCAUCCCCCACACCCGUCAACACAAUAUUGGAGCGCUCAAAAGCAUAGGAGGUUCAUGGUUUAUGUACACUCCAAGCUCAUGAUAGUGGACGACCUCUACAUUUUGAUAGGAUCUGCAAAUGUAAAUCAGCGAUCCAUGGAUGGCCAACGCGACACCGAGAUUGCAAUAGGAUGCUACCAGACGUCCAAAAAUGGGGAAGACAAAAUGAGUGGUGGUGAUAUUCAUGCGUACCGUAUGUCACUGUGGUUCGAGCACACCGGACGCGCUGAAGAAUUGUUCCGAUCAGAGCCUCAAAGUCUGGAAUGCGUGCAGAAAAUGCGUUGUAUCGGAGAUCAGAUGUGGAGAAUUUACAGCGGUGAAGAAGUGGUAGACAUGGAAGGCGUGCACCUCGUAACGUACCCUGCGCAUGUAGCACAGGAUGGCUCUGUGGAGGAUCUCGUCGACAAUGACGGUAAUUUUCCAGACACAAAAACUCCGGUGAAGGGCCGGCGAUCAAUAUUGCUCCCACCUGUUUUUACUACAUAGUCACACAGAAUUCAAUCCCUUACAAAUUCAUUAAUUGUUUAACAGAAAUGAUCAUAUUUGGCCUAUUAAUUCUUAACCGUGAUGUAAGAGUUUUUACA